AUGACUGUGAACGAGUCUACGCCGCCCGGGGUGGUUGUGGCCACCCUCACCGCAGAGGACCCUGACCUCCGACCUCGUCUGGAGUAUUACAUCAUCUCUGUGGAAGCCAAGGACGAUGGGAAUAACCCAGUCAGUGGACUGCAGGAGUCAUUUGGGAUCGACUUUCACACGGGUGCUGUCUUUGUGCGAAACCCUUUGAACAGAGAGCUGGUUGCUACUUUUGAGAUCAUAGUGUCAGUGCAUGAUAAUGCCAGUGAUGUCAUCGACAUGUCGGUCAGUGUUCCCAAUGCCAGGCUGACCAUCAGCGUGCUGGACGUGAAUGAUAACGCACCCCGCUUUCGGCCUUUCGGUGUCACUAAUUUCUCUGAGAGUAUUCUGGAAGGAGCUCAGCCUGGCACCACUUUACUCUCAGUGUCUGCUGUAGAUCCAGACAAAGGCCCUAAUGGACAGAUCUUCUAUGAGCUUCUGCAUCUGCCCAGAGGAGGCUAUGUCCGACUAGAGGACCCGUCUACAGGUAAAAUCAUAGCCAAUCGGACGGUGGAUUAUGAGCAGGUGCAGUGGUUGAACUUCACGGUUCGCACUCAGGAUCAGGGCAGCCCGCCAAGGUUCUCUGAACUUCCUGUUUACCUGCGUAUUGUCGAUGUCAACGACAACAACCCCAUCUUCACACAGCCCUCAUAUCAGAGGCCAGUGUUUGAGGACGUGGCUUUGGGCACCAUUAUUGUGCGAGUGAGUGCCACAGAUUCAGACUCAGGACUCUUCGCAGUUAUUGAGUACUCACUGGUGGAUGGAGAGGGCAAGUUUGGAAUCACCCCUUCUACGGGUGAUAUCUACAUCCUGUCUCCACUGGACAGAGAGACUAAAGAUCACUACACACUCACCGCCGUCGCCCGGGACAACCCCGGGGGCAGCCCCAGCAACCGCAGAGAAAAUUCAGUUCAGGUUUUGGUGACAGUUCUAGAUGUGAAUGAUUUCCGUCCGCGGUUCUCCGAGCCUGUGUUCAGCACCAAUGUGUUUGAAAAUGAGCCCAGCGGGACAUCUGUGAUAACACUGACCGCCACUGACCUGGACGAGGGGGAAAACGCCCUGCUCACAUACAGCCUGCAAGGGCCUGGGGCAGAUGCAUUCUCUCUGGAUCCUGACACUGGUUUGAUUCGCUCAUUGCGUCUCCUGCACAGUUUUGAGAGGUUUAAUCUGACUGUAGUGGCUACAGAUCACGGUCGGCCUCCACUCUGGGGCACCGCCAGCCUCCGAAUCACCGUCAUCGACGUGAACGACAACAGACCUGUCUUUGUUAGACCGGCCAAUGGCACCAUCAUGCACAUCCUCGAGGAGCAGCCCCCCGGCCUGGUGGUGUAUGAGGUGUUUGCGACAGAUGAGGAUGAGGGUGUGAAUGGUGAGGUGCGCUACAGCUUCCUGCAGACCGGAGCAGGGAACAGGGACUGGGAAAACUUCCACAUCGACGCUCUGACCGGCGUCAUCACCACAGCCGUCAAACUGGACAGAGAGAAGCAGGCCCUGUACAGCCUGAUUGUGGUAGCGUAUGACCUAGGCCAGCCUGUCCCAUACGAGACCACCCAGCCUCUGCAGGUGGCCCUGUCUGACAUAGACGACAACGAGCCUGUCUUCCUCAAACCACCGAGAGGUGGACUGCUGUUCCAGUCUCUGUCUGUCCCAGAACACUCUCCUCCUGGCACUGUGGUGGGGAAUGUUACAGGAGCUGUGGAUGCAGAUGAGGGCUCCAAUGCUAUUGUCUACUACUUCAUCGCAGGGGGAGACACUGAAGGCAACUUUGGCCUGAGCGUGGCCGGAGUUCUGCGGGUGAAGAAGGACCUGGACCGCGAGGAAAUUCCAGUGUAUUCCAUCAUUGUCAAGGCGUCCAGCAACCGCAACUGGUCCCCACCAAGGGGUCAGAGGUCCCAGAGAAAUCGGGCGCUUGACCCCAGCCGUGACCCGACGCUGCAAGAAGUCAGGAUCUACCUGGAGGACAUCAAUGACCAGCCCCCGAGAUUCACCAAGCUGGAGUAUACUGCAGGUGUGGCUGCAGAUGCUAAGGUGGGCUCUGAUUUGAUCCAGGUUCAGGCCAUCGAUAAUGACAUCGGCAACAACAGCCUCAUUCUGUAUCACAUUCUGUCCAUCCGCUACAUCAAACUGCUGUCCAACGAUUCUGAGGACAUUGGCAAUGUCUUCAUCAUAGGUGAAACAGAUGGUAUAAUCCGAACAUUUGACCUGUUCACGGCGUAUGACCCGGGCUAUUUUGUGGUGGAAGUGCUGGCAAGGGACCUGGCUGGACACAGUGAUGUGGCCCUAGUUGGCAUCUACAUUCUCCGGGAUGACCAGAGGGUGAAGCUCAUUAUUAAUGAGAUACCAGAACGGGUCUGGCUCUUCCAGGAAGAGUUCAUUACCCUGCUGUCAAACAUCACAGGAGCCAUAGUGAACAUGGACGAUGUACAGUUCCACGUGGAUAAAAAGGGCAGAGUGAACUUUGCACAAACGGAUGUGCUGAUUCACGUGGUCAACAAGCAGACCAACCGCAUCCUGGAUGUGGAGAGGGUGAUUCAGAUGAUUGAUGAGAAUAAGGAACAGCUGAGAAAUCUGUUCAGGAACUAUAACGUGCUGGAUGUCCAGCCUGCAGUGAGUGCACGAGCCCCUGAUGACCUCACUACCCUACAAAUGGCUAUAAUAAUCCUGGCUGUGCUGCUGUUUCUGGCAGCCAUGCUGUUCAUCUUUAUGAACUGGUACUACCGAACAGUACACAAGAGGAAGCUGAAGGCCAUCGUCGCUGGCUCCACAGGCAACCAGGGACUGAUGGACAUCCUGGAUAUGCCCAACACCAACAAGUAUUCGUUUGAAGGAGCCAAUCCUGUUUGGCUGGACCCAUUCUGCAGAAACCUGGAGCUGGCUGCUCAGGCUGAGCAUGAAGACGAUUUGCCUGAGAAUCUGAGUGACAUCACUGAUCUGUGGAACAGUCCGGCUCGCACUCACGGCACUUUCGGCCGCGAGCCUCACGCCUCUAAACCAGAGGAUGACCGCUACCUCAGAGCUGCCAUUCAGGAGUAUGAUAACAUCGCCAAGCUAGGCCAGAUCAUGCGGGAGGGACCCAUUAAGGGCUCACUGCUAAAGGUGGUACUGGACGAUUAUCUGAGGCUCAAAAAGCUGUUCGCCGCCCGUCUGGUUACCAAGUCAACCAGUCAGGACCAGUCAUCAAUCACAGAGCUGGUCCAGAGCGACCUGGACGACGAUGACGAUGAGCGAAUCGGUGUAGGAGGAGGAAGAGGAACACUUCGAUUUAAGCACAAGCACCCGGUGGAGCUGCGCGGCCCAGACGGCGUGCACGUGGUCCAUGGCAGCACAGGCACCCUGCUGACCUCUGACCUCAACAGCCUGCCAGAGGACGACCAGCGGGCCCUGGCCCGAUCCCUGGAGGCAUUGCACGCUGACGGCGGACUGUACGCUGAGCGCAAUGCCCGCACUGAGUCAGCCAAGUCCACACCCAUGCACCGCAACAAGGGCACGCUGUCCGAAAGCCCGCUGGAGAUAACAGAGUUAUGACUAGCCGAGGCCUCGCUGGUUUGAGAAGAGCUGCGCAGGACUAGCCCCUCUUGACCCCAUCCUUCGUUAACUCCUCAUCCUCACUCUGCUGAGAGCAGGGAUGAGCAUGAUAACCCUGUUUACCACUUAAAUAUAUACAUUUUUAACAAUAUUUGAAAAUCUCAACAAAUAUUUUGACUGUUAACAACA